UUCCCCCCUCCCUUAAUGGCUCACUGCGGCUCCUCCGAGCCCAGCGCAAAGGUACAGGCCUCGCACCCGGACAGCAUCCUGCCCCCACAGGGCGGCGUAGACCAGAGCAUGAAGCCGGUGCUGUUUGAGAUCUUCGGCGAGCUUUGGACCGUCCAGUCGCGUCUCGGUCAGGGAGUCUCGGCCUCGGUGUACCGGGUCAGUUCGGGCAGAGCCACUGCAGCUGUGAAGGAGUUUCAAGCCGACACUCAGGGAGGAGAUUACGGGUAUCACAAGGAGAGGUCCGUGCUGGAAGACAUCCAGGGACAUAAAAACAUCGUCACACUGUAUGGAGUGUUUACCAACCACAGCUCUAUGGGUGUGACCACCCGCUGUCUUUUGCUGGAGCUCCUGGAUGUCAGUGUGUCUGAGCUGCUGGUGAGGCGCAACAGUAGUACCCAAGGUGUAAGAGCCCAGCAGGGCCACUCCAUGUGGCUUGUCCAGCACUGUGCCAGAGACAUCCUCGAGGCUCUCGCCUUCCUUCACAAAGAAGGCUACGUCCACGCAGACCUCAAACCACGCAACAUCCUCUGGAGCGCUGAUGACGAGUCCUUCAAGCUCAUUGACUUUGGCCUCAGCUUCAAACAGGGAAACCAGGAUGUCAAGUACAUCCAGACAGACGGGUACCGCGCACCGGAGGCUGAGCUUCAGAACAGCCUGGCUCAGGCGGGGGUGGAAAUGGAGGGAGACUCGGGCUGCACGGCCGCCGUCGACCUGUGGAGCCUGGGCAUCAUCCUGCUGGAGAUGUUCUCAGGAAUCAAACUCAAAGACACCGUCCGCUCGCAAGAGUGGAAGGAUAACAGCGCUGCCAUUGUAGACCAUGUCUUUGCCAACAACAGCCUGGCAUGCCCUGCCAUCCCCGUCUAUCACCUCAGAGACCUUAUUAAAAGCAUGCUUGUCACUGAUCCAAAACAAAGAUGCUCAGCUGAAACUGCCCUGCUGAGCCCAUUCUUCAGUAUUCCCUUUGCACCUCACAUUGACGACCUGGUUCUGCUGCCUUCUCCUGUUCUGCGUCUGCUCAACCUAAUCGAUGACAGCCACCUGCACAAUGAGGAUGAAUAUGAAGAUAUCCUGGAGGACAUGAAAGAGGAGUGCCAGAAGUACGGAUCCGUGGUUUCUCUGCUCAUCCCCAAGGAAAAUCCAGGGAAAGGACAGGUGUUUGUGGAGUAUGCCAACUCCAGCGACUGCAAAGAGGCUCAGAGGCUGCUGACAGGCCGCACCUUCGAUGGGAAGUUUGUCGUGGCUACCUUCUACCCUCUGAGCGCCUAUAAAAGAGGUUACCUCUAUCAGACUGUCCAGUGAACUUUUAAAUCCUCAGUUUACACCUCAGCAUAGUUUGCAUGUUAAAAACACAACUGCAAAGGUCACCAAUGAGUAGCUGCCCUGCAGUUUAAGCUCUUUCAGAUAUGAGUGAGUGUAGUUCUCCAUGCAGUUUUCUACAGCAAAUCUGUGUUUCAUGCAGAGUGCAAACUGAGCUGUGGUGAGCCUCCGCCUUCAGUCUGUGUGCUCUUUUUAUCCAUCCAGUGCUUUAAUAUAUACUAGAUCUGUCUCAUUUAAUAUCUGUUAGCCAGAGGCCUGCGUUCUGGGGACCGUAGUGCCUGUUCGAGCUUCCGUAUCACUUUCAUUCACUCAUAAAACCUCCCAUCAGAGUUCCAAGAUGAAAAAUUAUAGCUGCAUUUAAAAACUUCUAAAGGACAUCUCACUUGAUAAAUAUAUAGAUAUUGACUUUACUUCAUCAGCUUUAUACAGAAUGCUGUUAAAAACAUGUAGCAGAUGUUAAGUAGUAAUUUAAAGGGAGUUUUAUGCAUCAAACUCAAAACUAAUGACAAAAACACCCUGAGAAUCACACCCCUUCAAAGUGAAAAUUUACUGUGGUGAAAGCAAUCUGUUAAUAUUGCCUAUUUAUAUAUCUUUUUAGGUUAAACAUUUUAGAGGAAGGGACAUGGUACCAGGGGAAUAUCCAGGUGUCUUCUGCCUGUUUUCAGGGAGAUAUUGUUUGACUAAUGCUUCCACUAGCUGGUAGUUUUCACUCACUAACUCACUGCCAUUAUCUGAGCAAGCCGAGGGGUCUCUGCACCCUCUCCUGUAGCCUUAUGCGUCGUAGCCUUUCAUUUAAAGCCAAUGUGCUCUAUUAUCUAUUUUGAUUAUUUUCAUUGUGUGUGAAACCUUUCAGAAAAACAUGCAGUAAGCAUAGUUGUUGUUGUUUUUUCACUGCAGCACACAAGCAAGAAAAUUAAGAGAUAAAACCGAAGAACUAGUAGGUAAAUAAGCCUGUGAACAAAAAAAGGUUCCAGCAGAGGCGAAAAUGUUUUCUAACUUCCUCUAACUUGAGCCAGUGAUGUGUUCCGUUUACCUCAUAAUUUUGUAGUCCGGAGCCAAAGCGUUAACCAGAUAUUGGAUGCAGAUGUGUGCAGUGGGACAUUGGAGAUUACCCUGAUCAAGUGGUGUAAAGCCACUACCUGGAGGAUAUUUGUAGCCUCUUUAAUUAGGACUUUUUUUUAAGACAAUCUUGAGUUGGUACAGUCCGUGUUGCUGUCAUCACUGUUUUUAAAUCUUGCACAUUGUGGCUUUUAAAGGCUGUGCAGUACUGUUGCAAGGUGAAGGCUACUGUACUAACUAGAUAAGGUUUAAUAUAUGACAAGCUUCCAGUGUGUUGGUGCAUGAUCCAGGUGAUUGAUUGUACACUGCCAGCCCAGUGUUGUAGCAUCAUCGUCCUGUGGUAGUACUUUUCAUACUAAAGCCAGUUUCUUGAAAUGCUGCUUUUUGCAUGAUGAGGAAAAAAAAAGAAUUUCUACACAAGUGCCCUAUGACAUUCACAGGCUAGCUAACUAACCAAAAUGCUGCUAUGACAGCUGAUUGUGCUACAGCUGCAUGUGCUUAUAGCUAAAGCCUUUGCUGAUGCCUUAUGAAAUAACCUUCCAGCAGUUUUAGUGUCCACACAAAUUAAAGUGGACUGUUACCAACAAUAACCUGGAACAAAUCAUUUUUCUCCUUCAUUAGUUGCUCACUGCUAAUUUUUCUUCUUAUAGCCCAAGUAGCUAUUAAUCAAAAGCUCGAAGCUACAUUUGACAGUGCAGGUGUUAGCUGCGGUAAACACUAAUGCUAAUACUGCAAGAUUCUAGAAGUGAAAUUCCCGUUAUAUUCUUCAUGUUGAUUUUGAUCGUGAGCUGUAAUUUUGUAACCAUCCAAAGCAGACUGGCUACAGGCGACAACAUUAUGAAGCAGUGCUGUGUGCUCCUGUAGAAAGCAGAUAGCAACCUUGUUUUAACAAAAAAAAGCAUUUUAUUCAUAGUAGAAUAAAAUGGAAAAGAACUAUUUCACCCACAAUCACGACCUAAAUCCUCAAAUUCUGACUUGAAUCCUUCUUGAAAUGGAAAAGCCACAAACAGUGAUUCCAGGCAGGAACAAAGUCCUUUACUCUAUUGAGAACUUCUACUUUACUACAUACGCAAACAUCAACUACAAAAUAUAUUGACAGCUAUUAUUUUACAACACUAUGAUGGGGAACACGAUUAAAUUCAAGAAGGCUGAAAGUUGUUUCCUCUGGAAUCUGGGGUGUGCAGUGCAUUGUGGGAUGUCUAGUUCCUUCUCCGUUAAAAGUAACUUAUGCGCAUAUUAUUGUACCUUUUGCUUUUUUCCCUUUUAUUGUUUUUAACCAAAAAUCUUUUUGUGUUCUUUUGGGGGGGGGGUUUGUUUGUUUGUUUUUUAUGAUUCCUCUCGUAGCUGGUUGGCUUGGUUCGAGGCUUAAAACUCUUUAACUUUCUGAACAACAACAUGUAAAGUGCUUUGAGUGCUUAGAGUAGAAAAGCGCUAAAUUCAAACCAGUCCACAUCAAUGGAGAAAAUGAAAGGGAUAUUCACUUCUAGAACCGGAGCUCUUAGAAACAUGGGUGGUUACUGUUGAACUAGCAACAGCUAGCAACAAAACACCUUUGAUUAUAUUAAACAGAACAAAGGUUUUUUGUUCAGUUUUUUUGCUCAAAGUUACCCUUACAGUUGACUCAUUAUGCUUUUCCUUGUUUUCUGCCGCCGAGGGCAGAUUUCCAUAAUAUAUCUUGUGUUUUGUAAGGGUUUGCUAGUCAGAAGAAAUUUGGCUCCAAGGGAGAGGAAACGAUUUGUUUCAGACAGGGUGGACUGAAGAGUAAGGCUCAGUAUGUGGUAAAAGGAGUUAUUCUGAAGAGUGAAACAUCCAGUCACUGUAUUGGAGUCCAGUCAUAAUGAUAUUGAGCUUGCAUAAUAAGUCUUCUUUAAAGUCUGGUGUGUGAAAAGCAGCAGCUGGGUAUGCUGCUGAAACAUAAAAACGUGAUAGAAACCAGAUGGUGACGUCGAUGAGGAGAAUAAGUUUAUGCAUUUAUACUCUUUUUUUUUUUUUUUUUUUU